AUGAGGCUUUUAGAAUCACCUCCAAGUCCCUACUCCGUGUAUUCCUCAGUCCUGGCUUCUUAUCAUGGAUUCAACUUGUAUGUGGAGAAGCCCACAGUCUUCAGCGAGAAUGCAACUGGCUUUGGGCAGACCGUGGUGCAGUUUGGUGGAUCUCGGCUUGUGGUAGGAGCCCCCCUGGAGGUGGUGGCGGUUAACCAAACAGGACAGUUAUACGACUGUACGUUUGUCAACGGCACAUGCCAACCCAUCUCAUUACACAUCGCACCAGAGGCUGUGAACAUGUCCUUGGGCCUCUCCCUGGCAGCCUCCAGUAAUGGCUCCUGGCUGCUGGCCUGUGGCCCAACUGUGCACAGAGCUUGUGGGGAGAACAUGUAUGCAAAAGGCUCCUGCCUCCUUUUGGGCUCCCAUAUGCAGAUCAUCCGGACAGUCCCAGUUGCCCUGCCAGAGUGUCCAAAUCAAGAGAUGGACAUUGUCUUCCUAAUUGACGGCUCUGGUAGCAUUCAUGAAAGUGACUUUAACCAGAUGAAGGACUUUGUCAGAGCUGUGAUGGACCAGUUUCAGGGCACCAACACUCUGUUUUCUCUGAUGCAGUACUCAAACCUCAUGGAGACUCACUUCACCUUCACCGAAUUCCAGAAUGGUUUGAGCCCUCGGAGCCUGGUGGAUCCCAUCAUCCAAAAGAAAGGCCUGACGUUCACGGCGACGGGCAUCCAGAAAGUGGUGAGAGAGCUAUUUCAUAGCAAGAAUGGGGCCCGAAAACGUGCCAAGAAGAUCCUCAUUGUCAUCACAGAUGGGCAGAAGUAUAGAGACCCCCUGGAAUACCAUGAUGUCAUUCCCCAGGCAGAGAAAGCUGGCAUUAUCCGCUAUGCCAUUGGGGUGGGAGAUGCUUUCCAGGAGCCCAGUGCCAGACAAGAACUGAGCACCAUUGGCUCAGUACCCCCUCAGGAACAUGUGUUUGAGGUGGACAACUUUGCAGCACUCAGCAGCAUCCAGAAGCAGCUUCAGGAGAAGAUCUUUGCAGUCGAAGGAACCCAAUCGAGGACAAGUAGCUCCUUUCAGCAUGAGAUGUCACAAGAAGGCUUCAGUUCAGUGCUCACAAUGGAUGGACCAGUACUGGGGGCUGUGGGGAGCUUUAGCUGGUCUGGAGGUGCCUUCCUGUACCCCCCACAUAUGAACUCCACCUUCAUCAACAUGUCUCAGGAGAAUGUGGACAUGAGGGACUCUUACCUAGGUUACUCCAGUGAGCUGGCCCUUUGGAAAGGGGUACACAGCCUGGUCUUGGGGGCCCCUCGCCACCAGCACACUGGGAAGGUUGUCAUCUUCACCCAGAUAUCCAGGCAAUGGAGGCCAAAGGCUGAAGUCACAGGGACCCAGGUCGGCUCCUAUUUUGGGGCCUCCCUCUGCUCUGUGGAUGUGGACAGCGAUGGCAGCACCGAUGUGGUCCUCAUUGGGGCUCCCCAUUACUACGAGCAGACCCGAGGAGGAGGGCAGGUGUCCGUGUGCCCCAUGCCCAAGGGGAGGAGCAGAUGGCAGUGUGAGAUCAUUCUCCGUGGGGAGCAGGGCCAUCCCUGGGGUCGCUUUGGAGCAGCUCUGACAGUGCUGGGGGAUAUCAAUGGAGACCAUCUGGUAGAUGUGGCCAUUGGGGCCCCUGGAGAGAAGGAGAACCAGGGUGCUGUUUACUUAUUUCAUGGAACCUCAGGAUUAGACAUCAGUUCCUCCCACAGCCAGCGGAUCACUGGCUCCCAGUUCUCCUUAAAGCUCCAGUAUUUUGGGCAGUCGCUAAGCGGUGGUCAGGACCUCACUCAGGAUGGACUGGUGGACCUGGCUGUGGGGGCCCAAGGGCACGUACUACUCUUCAGGAGCCUGCCAGUGCUGAAAGUGGGAGUAACUAUGAGAUUCACACCCAUGGAGGUGGCAAAGGCUGCGUACCAGUGCUGGGAAGAGGUGUCCACCUCCCUGGAAGCUGUGGAGGCCAUGAUCUGUCUCACUAUCCACAAGAGCUCACUUGACCAGUUAGGUGAUGUCCAAAGCUCUGUCAGGUAUGAUCUGGCUUUGGAUCCGGGUCGUCUGAUUUCUCGUGCCAUUUUUAAUGAGACCAAGAACUCGACUUUGACUCGAAAAAAAACCUUGGGGCUUGGGGAUCACUGUGAAACCGUGAAGUUGCUUUUGCCAGACUGUGUGGAAGAUGUGGUGAACCCCAUCAUCCUGCGCCUCAACUUCUCCCUGGCGAGAGACUCCACCUUAUCCCGGAAUCUUCACCCUGUGUUGGCUGCAGGCUCACAAGACCUGUUCACUGCUUCUCUUCCCUUUGAGAAGAACUGUGGGCAGGAUCACAUCUGUGAGGGGGACCUGCGUGUCAACUUUAGCUUCUUAGGCCUACAGACAUUGAUGGUAGGAAGCUCCCUGGAGCUCAAUCUGAUAGUGACUGUAUGGAAUGAGGGUGAGGAUUCCUAUGGAACUGUAGUCAACUUCUACUACCCAGCAGGACUAUCCUAUCGCCGGGUGUCAGCAACACAGAAGCAACCCCAUCAGCGUCCACUGCGCCUGGCAUGUGAGGCAAAUCCCACUGGGAAUGAAGGCCUGAGGAGCAGCAGCUGCAGCAUCAACCACCCCAUCUUCAGAGAGGGUACUACGGGCACCUUCAUUAUCACAUUUGAUGUUUCCUACAAGGCCACUCUGGGAGACAGGUUGCUUGUGAGGGCCAAUGCAAGCAGUGAGAAUAAUAAGCCUGCAACCAACAAGACUACCUUCCAGCUGGGGAUCCCAGUGAAAUAUGCAGUGUACACAAUGAUCAGCAGACAGGAAGAAUCCACCAAGUACUUCAGCUUUUCUAUUUCUGAUGAGAGCAGCAGGAAAGAGGCAGAACAUCGAUACCGCGUGAAUAACCUAAGUCAGCGGGAUCUGGCCAUCAGCAUAAUAUUCUGGGUUCCCAUCUUGCUGAAUGAUGUGCCUGUGUGGGAUGUAACUGUGAUGGCCCCUUCACAGAGUCUCCCCUGCGUGUCAGAGAGGGAACCUCCCCAGCAUUCUGACUUCCUGACCCAGAUUCCAAGGAGUUCUGUGCUGAACUGUUCCAUUGCUGACUGCAUGAGGUUCCGCUGUGACAUCCCCUCCUUCGGCAUCCAGGAGGAGCUUGACUUCAUCCUGAAAGGCAACCUCAGCUUUGGCUGGGUCAGCCAGACAUUGCAGAAGAAGGUGUUGAUCAUGAGUGUGGCUGAAAUCACAUUUGAUAGAUCUGUGUAUGCCCAGCUUCCAGGACAGGAGGCAUUUUUGAGAGCCCAGAUGGAGACACUGCUAGAAGAAUUUGAGGUCUAUAAUCCCAUCUCCCUCAUUGUGGGCAGCUCUGUGGGAGGUCUGCUGCUGCUGGCUCUUAUCACAGCCACAUUGUAUAAGCUUGGCUUCUUCAAACGUCAAUACAAAGAAAUGUUAGAUGGAAAGCCUGAAGACACUCCUACAUUAGGAGGGGAGAAUUUCACCUGUGAGGCACCAAAUUUAUCUUUGUCUUAAUAAUCCACUUUUAAAAUUUAUCUCUACUUCCAUGGGCUAGUUUUGUCCCUACCUAUGAAUCUACUUUCACAUGGAUCUGGACUUGCCUGAGCAACCUAUCAGGUAUUAAGCCACCUUUCUGAGGAGUUGAAAGGUUUUUAUACCUGUACAUAUCUCUUGGACUUUUUCCGGAUCAGAUAUGAUGCCAGCAUAAAUUUUCAUAUGGAUAUUUGUCAUACAAACUGAGAAUGUUUAUCACAUUUUCCUUGUAUGGAAGAGUUCUAACCCAGGGAUGAGGUUCUAGAAAUAGGUAGGGAAACCAAAUUGUGGGAUUAAAAAUGUCCUCUCACUUUCUCUGGUA